AUGAGUUCUAAACAAAGUUAAUGCUUUAUGAAUCUCCAACAAACGAAAUAAAAAUAAGAAGAAUAAAAAACAAGGACGAAAACACCAAAAAUUCCCUUUGAAUAGCGAAUUAAUAAAGGCAUAAGUGAAUUUAAGCCAAAACAUCUUAAUAAAGAUAAAACAUAUACAAAAGUGCACUAACAAAAAAUGGAAUAUAAAGAACAAAGUUAAUUUAGAAUUAGGGCCUUCUCAUAAUAAAAAUAAAUUAUUAAUUAGAAAUGUAUUAAACCUGAUUAUAAACCCAAUCCAUCAACUAAUCUAUAAAUUGACCCAUAAAAAGACCCAUAAACUAAUCCAUCGACUAAUCCAUAAACUAAUAAAUAAAUUAACCCUUAAACUAGCCCAUAAACUAAUCCAUAAGCUGAGGAUUAAAUUGAUGCUGAAAUUUAACACGAUUAUGAUAUUAAGGAUAUUUCUAAUAAUAAUGAUGAAUACCAGAAACUACUAAUAUAUACUAAUAUUCUAUUUUAUUAUAAUAAAAAUCAAUAGAAUCUUGAAAAAUAAUCAUAAUCUCAAUAAGGUUAACAUAAAAUAAGAGGGAAAUUGUAUAAUACAUUGUAUGAUCAUGAUCAAAAUCCUUCCUAUAUCAUUUAGGAGGGAGAAUUUUUAGUUGACUUAAAUAAAAAGUAAUUUAAAUUGGAUGGGUAAGGAAUAGAAUAUUAAGGAAAAUCUAAUUAGGUGAAAAUUUAAGGGGAAUUUAAAUAAGGAGUAUAAGCCUAGAGGAUACCUUCAUCAUAAAAUAAAUCUCAAUAUAAAUCAUUUAGCGUUGAGCCAAAACGAAUUAAAAUAAUGGAAAUUAUUGAUGGAUAACCAAUACAAAUAAAUAAUAGAAUCGAAAAGAAAAGUACUUGGUGUAAAUAUAAUCAAUAAUUUUAUUAAAGAGAUUUAGAUAUAUUUAAAAGUAAUUAGUGGCUAAAUAGUAGUAUAAUUGAUUGCUAUGUUUUAUCACUUAACAAAAAAAGCGAAGAAGAAUAUUUUAACUUAUCUUAAGAUAAAAGACGAUAAAUAAAGAGAAUCUACUUUGUUACUAGUAGUUUAACCACAAAUAUUAGUAGAUUAAACAACAUUUAACAAGGCAAUGAUUUAUUUCAAAAGCACUUUCUAGAGUUAUAAGAAGUAAAAUAUAAGAUUUAAACUAUUUAUUCCAAAAUUGGUUUCCCUGUUGUUUCAAACAGCCAUUGGUUUUUUUUAUUGUUUGAUUUAGAAGAAAACAAAGUAGAAAUUUUUAAUUCUUUGAAACCAAAUUUAAAUGCUUAUCAAAACUUAAUCACAAAACUCUCAGAGUUAUUAAUGGUACAAAAUCCAUAAUAAAGCAUAAAUGGAAACUCUGGUUCAUAAAAUGAUGGUUACUCAUGUGGAUAUCAUGUUUGUUGUUUUAUGAAAAUUUGCCAUAAAGCUCAAUUUUCAAAUUCAUCUUUGUAUCAUUAUGAUGAGAAGGAAAUGAGAGGAAUCUUGAGAGAUUUGAUUAAUUAUUGA